CCCACACAUCUCUCCCUCUCUCUCUCUCUCUGUAAUCCGCUGUUUUUUUUUCCUUUUUUCCUUUCCUUCUUCAAUCUAAUGAACCGACCUCUACCCUUCUCGCCUCUAUCCUCGUUUCUCUAACCCUAACCUGUUCCUCUAUCUUUUCAGUUGCGAAAAUCCCUUCAGAUUAUCCUCUCCAAUUCGAAAAAUCAUAUGCCAACAAUAUAAUUCAGAGGUGAAAAGGCGCAAAUUAUUUGAUAAAUAGCUGCUUAUAUGAUUCAAAUCUCAAUCUGAAACUGACCCAUUAACCAGAGAGAACGAAAGAAGGAAACCCAGACGGUUUUUUGGAAUCUGAUUCUUAUAUAUGGCAAACGGAACGGAGGCUAAGGAUAUGCUGGUGGCGAAGGUCCGACCAGGUUUGAAACGCGAAUUUGAGUUCGCGUUCAGGGCCCACUCAGAGAUCUCUGGGUCUUUGGGUCGGACCCGGGCUAGGCGGCCUGAGGCUGGAGACUCCCCAGUGAAUGGAAUUGCAGAGAGAUCUAUUAAUAAGAAGAGGUUGAAAGCCAAUGGCUCAAAGGAGGCCAAAAAAGUUGAAAAGGUGAGGGAUUUGGGGGAGAAAAUGGUGGGUGGUGGAGAUGCAGUGGAGGCGAUGAGGGAAGAGGAGGCGAAAAGUGAUGUGGUGGAAUUGGGGAGUGGGGAUGAGGAGGCAAAGGUUGGCUUGAUUGAAUCAGUUCCUCUUUCGAGAGGGAAAAUAAAUGGUGGGGUUGUGGGGCUUGUGCAAGAGAAAGAUAAUGGAGUGUCUUCAAUGUGUGUAGAGGAGACAGUGAAGAGCAAUGAGCCUGAAAUCGCUGUAAUGAAUGAGGACUUGCAGGGAGAUUAUAAUAGGAAUGAUGAAUGUGAAGAAAAGACCAGUGAUUCGUUGCCAAAUUCCAUGAAUAAUGAGGGUUUAGUGAAAGGAAAUUAUUUGGAUGAGGUUAUGAUGGAUGGAGGAUCUAAGGAAGGUGACAGGAAUGAUCAAUGUGAGGAAGGAACUAGGGGGUCAGUGCCAGUUUUAAUGGACGAGGAUUCAAAGAACGAGCUUGGGAAGGUGACAGUGAAUACAAUUUCGGGAAGCAACAGUGAUUCUGAAGUGAAGGGUGACGGGAAUAAUGUAUCUGAAGAGGGGACUAGCAGGGCACCUGUAAUUCCUAUUAAUAAGUCAUCGCCAAUUUUGGUUAAUGAUAGUAAUAGUGAGCCGCAGGAGAAGCCUCUUAGGAGGUUUACCAGGUCAUUGCUGAAGCCAAAGAAAGAGACAGUGAAAGAAUCCACUGCUAAAGAUGGUGUGGGAGGGAAUGAUGCGAAAGCAAUUUCAAGUAUUGAUGAUGCAGGUAGUUCCUCGGUUGCCAAUUCCCAUCCACUGUUGAAGACGGUGAAGAAUGAUGCAUCAAAGAAAUUUCCAUCGAAGUUGAAGGAUCUUCUUGAUUCGGGGAUAUUAGAGGGAUCAAAGGUGAAGUAUAUGCGGGGCUAUAAGGCGAGAGCUCCUGGAGAGACAGGGUUGCGCGGAGUUAUCAAGGGAUCGGGGAUUCUCUGUUUUUGUAGCGCUUGUGGAGGAAAUGAAGUUGUUACACCUUCUUUAUUUGAGCUGCAUGCUGGCAGUGCAAAUAAACGUCCACCAGAGUAUAUUUACCUGGAGAAUGGGAAUACACUUCGUGAUGUGAUGAAUGCAUGCAAGGAUGCAUCAUUGGAGACGGUGGAUGAAGCUAUUCGGCUUUCUAUUGGUUGUUCAUCUUUGCAGAAAUCUGCUUUCUGUCUGAACUGCAGAGGGUCAAUUGCUGGGGUUGAUGCUGGAAAAUCAAUGGUAUUAUGUAGUCAAUGCAUGGGGUUGAGAGAUUCUCAAGCGAGCUUAUCAGGGACAACAGAUUCAGACAAAGGAACUCCAAAACCACUUCCGGUUCCAAAGUCCUCUGACAGUGUGUCAAAGUGUACCUCGUCACGGAGCAAGAGUCAGGGGAGACUUACAACAAAGGAUUUGCGGAUGCAUAAGUUGGUUUUCGAGGAAGAUGUCUUGCCGGAUGGAACUGAAGUUGCUUAUUAUUCUAGAGGACAGAAAUUGCUGGUUGGAUACAAGAAGGGUUUUGGCAUAUUUUGUUCUUGCUGCAAUGCUGAGGUCAGCCCCUCCCAAUUUGAAGCCCAUGCUGGUUGGGCAUCACGUCGAAAACCUUAUCUGCACAUUUACACAUCUAAUGGUGUGUCUCUUCAUGAAUUGGCAAUAUCACUAUCCAAAACUCGGAAGUUCUCUGCCCAUGAAAAUGAUGACCUGUGCCAAAUUUGUCGAGAUGGUGGGAAUCUUUUGUGUUGUGAUAUAUGUCCAAGGGCUUAUCAUAAAGAGUGUCUUUCUCUACCAGCAAUUCCGGAUGGUAAAUGGUAUUGCAAAUUUUGCUUGAAUACCUUCCAGAAAGAAAAGUUUGUGGAGCGUAAUGCCAAUGCAAUAGCAGCAGGAAGAGUUGCAGGAAUUGAUCCAAUAGAACAGAUAACAAGGCGAUGCAUUCGUAUUGUCAAGACACUAGAAUCUGAAUUUGGUGGAUGUGUGUUAUGCAGGGGCCAUGAUUUUGACAAGUCAUUUGGUCCUCGAACUGUUCUACUUUGUGAUCAGUGUGAGAAGGAGUUCCAUGUCGGCUGUUUAAAGGAUCACAACAUGGAGGAUCUAAAGGAGUUGCCCAAAGGGAAUUGGUUCUGUUGCACAGACUGCAACAGAAUUCAUUCGGCUUUGGAGAAAUUGGUUGUUCGUGGAGAAGAGAAGCUUCCUGAUUCAUGUUUAAAUGCCAUAAAAAAGAAGCAUGAGGAAAACAUUUUGGAGACUGGCGACAGCAUUGAUGUGAGAUGGAGGCUUCUUAAUGGAAAAAUAGAUCCUUCUGGUGAUACUGAAGCAUUACUAUCUGAAGCCCUUUCUAUUUUCCAGGAGCAAUUUGAUCCUAUUCUUGUAGCUGGAACUUCUGCCAAAGCUGACUGUGACCUCAUCCCAUCAAUGGUUUUUGGAGAUAGUGUCAAAGGACAGGAACUGGGUGGCAUGUAUUGUGCUGUAUUGAUUGUCAACCAAGUGGUGGUGUCAUCUGCAAUCAUUAGGUUUUUUGGCCAGGAAUUGGCAGAGCUUCCUUUAGUUGCAACUAGGAGCAAAGUCCAAGGACAGGGUUAUUUUCAGGCCUUAUUUACUUGUAUUGAGAAGCUACUUGGGUUUCUCAAUGUUAAGAAUCUUGUACUUCCUGCAGCCGAAGAAGCUGAAUCUAUUUGGACAAAUAAAUUUGGUUUCAGCAAGUUAACCCAAGAAGAGUUUAUGAAAUUUAGGAAGAAUUAUCAAAUGAUGGUGUUUCAAGGGACAUCAAUGCUGCAGAAGCCAGUCCCCAAGUGCCGGAUUGUUGGUCGAUCGGAAGGUGGUUGAAUGAUGAAGGAAUGAGUGGAAUGCUUUUCAUACAAGUAGGGAAAGCAAAUUUUGGGGGAGUCAAAUUCCUUUUAAUGUACAGGGAUAUGUUUUUGCAAGUUAGUGUACAGGAUAUAGAUGGUUAUAGUUGAAGCUCACAGGGUUUUUACAAAAAAUUCUUUUUGUAGAAGGAAAGUGGAAAGAGAUCAUAGGCAGUUGAUAUGUAUACAGGCGCUAGGGGGCUCUACAUUUGCAGUAAACUUGCAUAGUUUUGACUUGAUAGUGAAUGGAAGCAACCUUUGCUCUUUGAA